UCACUGCUGCUGACCAGCUGGACUUAAGUAAAGGAGCAGAGGUCUGGGAUCCUCAUUCUGAACCUCACUCAGUCACUGCGGACACACAAGAGAGAAAAUCAUCUUAGCAACAAAAGAUAAAAUGCAGAAGCUACAACCACUUCUUCUAGCGGCCCUGGUGUGUUGCUGGAUCUCCGGUAGCCAAACCAACCGCGUCUACAUUCACCCCUUCCACCUUUUUGCUGUUGACAAUGUCAGCUGUGAGACUCUGCAAGGCUCCGCCGUGAAGCCUCUCGAAACCGUCGCCGUGGAGGCCCUUGAUGUCGAAGUUUUGACCCCUGACAGCAGGGACCGGUCAAGUCUGGAUCCACAGAAGCAGAACAUGACAGAGAGGACUGCAGUCCUGGCUGGCCUGCUGAAUCCUCUGGGUCUGAGGAUGUACCAUGCCCUCAGCAAAAAACAGAACAACACCCUCUUCUCUCCAGUCAACACUUUUGGCUCACUUGUUGCCUUCUACCUCGGAGCGUCUAAGAAGACGGCACGCUCUUUUCAGGAGUUUCUAGGCCUCAGUAGCGGUACCGACAGAGAGGACUGUGUAUCUUUAGUAGACGGACAUAAGAUCCUCAGUACACUACAAGACAUUAACUCUCUGGUGGACGAUGGGUCUAGAGAUGAAAUCACCACUCAGGUCUGGGCCUUUGCACGGAGCGACGCUCAGCUAUCUAGAGACUUUAUUCAGGGAACACAAGACUUCUCAGACAAAUCGUUUAUCCGAGGCGUGGACUUCUCGAAGCAUGAGGAGACGGAAACACUGGUGAACAGCUUUGUGGAGAAAACGUCGGACGGGAAAGUGACGAACGUCUUCAAAGACCUGAACCCAAGCAACAAAUUUCUCUUCAUCUCAUCCUUCAGCUUCAAAGGCAACUGGAUGACAGCUUUCCAACCAGAUAAGGUCUCCAUGGAGGAGUUUCAUGUGGACGAGACAACAAAAGUAACGACUUCAACAAUGACACGCACUUAUCACUACCACUACCUGAAUGACAAGGUGAAUAGGUGCACUGUUGUGAAGCUGUCUCUCAGUAAACAGAGCCACAUGUUGCUCAUUCUACCUCACGAAGGAACAACCCUCGGUCAUAUAGAGGACAAACUGCUCGCCAACCUGAUGGGUGUCUGGCACAAGAAGCUCCAGGAAGGUUUGUUGGAGCUGUCCCUCCCUAAGUUCUCCCUGUCUUCUCUGAUUGACAUCCAUGACCUACUGACCACCAUGAAUCGCCCUCUUGGGCUCACGCUCUUGGGCUCCCAGGCCGAGUUCACCCGGCUCAGCAACACCAGCCCUUUCUCCAUAGACAAGGCCAUGAACAACGUGAUGUUUGAGAUGUCAGGGGAAGCAGCAGAACCUCAGGCCAGGACUACAGAAGCAGGCGUCGCUUUGAGGCUGUCCAUCAACAGACCGUUCUUUUUCUCCAUUAUAGAGGAGCAUUACGAAUCGAUCCUGCUGCUGGGAAAGAUCUCCAACCCUACCCUCUAAAGCUGCUUGAUACUGAACAAAUGACCAGACCAUCAAAGUGCUGCUGCGUCUGAAAGAAAUGACCAGACGGCAUAGACAAGAAAUGAAGCUACAGUUUUAUCUCUUUUAGUAUUAAACAGUGUUAUGGCUACUCAAGGUCAGCACACAGAAAGUUA